AGAUUUUCGUGGAAGAAGUCGGCAACUGGUAUCGAUUUCCGUGUUCAUCCCUCAGGUUGCGGCUAUAUCUUUUAUCUGUCGCUCUUUCCCUUUUUUUCCCCUCUUUUUCGGAAGACGAAGAAUCCGUCGGCAACGUAAUAGCUGCAUCGAUUAAGGAGGGAUACAGUCGCUCGGAGGAAUCGAUGAUGCUGAAAGCCGUCGCAGGAGUCUCACUGCUACUCCUGCUGCCUGUGAUCGCCGCGGAGGGGUUUGUGUGCCCGAGCAGCAGCCCACCGCUGUACCCACACGAGCACAAGUGCUUCUUCUACUACGAGUGCAUCGGGGAUACCGCGUUCCUGCUCUCUUGCCCGAACCCGCUUUAUUUCGACGUCCAGGCCCAGGUUUGCAAGGCGGACGUCGACUGUGGCGAGCUGGAGACAUGGGUUACUGUCACCAGCACUACCGUCAGCACUCAGACGUCGUCGGGAGGCGGAGACUUCACGUGCCCCGAGCCAGACGGCAUUUAUCCCAAUGACGAGUACUGCUGGAAGUACUGGCUUUGCGGAAAUGGCAUUGCUUACCCCAUGGAAUGCCCGGAAAACUACCACUUCGACGCAUCCAACAAAUACUGCGAUUUUCCCGAACGCGUGGACUGUGGAGACAGGAUUCCUCGACCAGAGAACAACUCAACAUCGACUACAACUACUACUGUUCGGAACACCGCUUCGAGCGUCACCUGGUUUGUAACUGGAACAAAUUCAGUUUCAAGUUCCACGUCGCGACCGGAGGAGUUCACUUGUCCGACUCCUACUGGAGAAUUUCCUCAUGCGGAAUUUUGUUGGAAGUUUUGGUCCUGCUGGAAUUCCGUGGCAACUUUGAUGGAUUGUCCCGGGAAUUACCUAUUCAGCAUUGAACAUGGUUACUGCGAUUUCCCGGAGAAUGUGGAUUGUGGAGACCGUGUGCCGAGGCCAAAAUUGACGCUAAUUCAGGACGAUAUUUUUAUCUGUCCUUCGCCGGAUGGCAUUUUCCCGAAUCCAGAAGACUGCGAAAGUUUUUUCAUGUGUGCAAACUCUAUUGCAUUUAUUGGAAAUUGUCCACCAGAUCAACAGUUCAAUCCGAUACAAAAUGUGUGUGAUUUUGAAUUCAACGUCAAGUGUGAAGAAACUUCUUCAGGACUCACAUGUACGUGUCCUUCGCCGGAUGGCAUUUUCCCGAAUCCAGAAGACUGCGAAAGUUUUUUCAUGUGUGCAAACUCUAUUGCAUUCAUUGGAAAUUGUCCACCAGAUCAACAGUUCAAUCCGAUACAAAAUGUGUGUGAUUUUGAAUUCAACGUCAAAUGUGAAGAAACUUCUUCAGGACUCACAUACGUGACACCGGAACCACCAGUGACCGCGGAUCCGUCCUUCACUUGUCCAUCGCCGACGGGGAAUUUCCCGUACCCCGAGGAUUGUCACUACUUUUACAAAUGCGAUGGAGGAAAUGCUCAAUUAUUUUGGUGUGGCGAGGAUAAUUUCUUUGACACAUCAAUCAAUUUUUGCAACACCGGGGACUGUUCCAAAUAUUUCCGUGUGCGGUUUUACUCGCUCUUUGUAAUCGGGCCACCGUUCUGGUUCCUUCCUGAACAAAUUUGUGGACGCUUCUCCGUUCGCGUGAAGAUGUCGCUAAAAGAGAGUAUCAGUUGCGGCAUCGUGUGGAGCUUAGCCGUGUUCUAUGGCGCCGUAGCGCUUUUUGGAGUGGUGGUCGGAUGGUUCAAGCACACCGUUUCAUUCGUUCGUGUCAAGCCACGUCCACUGCCACCAGCGUGUCUCUUGGACGAAUCUCUCGGACGGCAUUCCUAUGUUAAGCUGAGUGAAGUUACCUUGCAUUACGUGGAGAAUGGAGACAGGAACAAACCGCUGAUGCUUUGUUUGCACGGAUUCCCGGAGUUCUGGUAUUCGUGGCGUUAUCAGUUGAAGGAAUUCGCUUCUGAUUAUUGGUACAUGUUUUUCUUUCAAUUGCCUUACCUACCCGAGUUUUGCUUCAAGAUCAGUGAUUUUUCCGCACUUGAUCGGAUGUUCAAGCACCCUCAAAGACGAACAGAAUCCAUAAUUUCUGCCGAAGACAUGGACGCCUUCAAAUAUGUUUACUCCAGGCCUGGAAGUUUGACACCUCCCAUCAACUACUACCGCAACAUUGAUUUCGGAUCUACGGACGUGACAAACACGAAAGUAGAGGUGCCAACUCUGCUUCUUUGGGGCACGAGUGACGCGGCAUUGAGCGAGGAAACAGCUGAUGCGACUCGUAACUACGUAAAGGACUUCAGGCUUAAAAAGUUGGACGGUGUGACUCACUGGAUCAACCAAGAUGCUCCCACGCAAGUGAACAAAGCAGUGGGCGAGUUCCUACGCGAAAGAGCCGAAUGA